GGAAGAGGAUGGAACAUGUUCCAAUGUGUCCAACGUGGGUUUGAGUAGGGAGAGCGACGCUUGGAGGGGCAAGAAAGUGGUUUUGCGGACGGGAAGGUGGGGUGGGGGGAGAUGGUGGCUGACUGAGGGGGCGCCCCGAGAGGAUCGCACUAAUCGGCUUGGCUGGCAACGCUCGAUCUGGGGCUGGGUUUCGGCUCAUGGUAGGCGGGAGAGGGAGGUGUCGGAGGGGUCCAGGGAAAGCCAAGGGGGAAAGUUGCGGAGGCCGAGAUAAAGCUCCGCUUUACCCGUGCCUGGGAAAGGUGUCUGAUUCCCCGGGAGGAAAAGACAAGGAAUCGGCUCGCUCAAGUAGGAAGCGGCGGCGAUGCAGCCCUCGCCGCCGGCUCGCUCCUUGCAGCGUUGAAACCUCCCAGUCCCUUUUUUUGGAACGGAGGCGAGACUGAAUCUACCGAGGAGGAAAAAGGCGGAGGAACUUUCAGGGGACGCUGAGUUUUUGUGGGGCUCCGACCGGGUCUUAGUAAUAGCAGCAGGAGCAACAGCAACAAGGCACUCGCCUGUGGAACGGGACGCAGGACCUUCCGCCCCCCCCCUCCAACUACUGGAUCCAGCUCCUUAUUUAUUACGCGAGACGCGAUCACUGAGGAAGACUUUUAAGUUUGGCGCUGGUGCCAAGAGCUGAGAGGCUCUAUCCUGCCUCUUUCUCUCUUGGUGGCACUUAAAUCCAGCUCUCUGGAUGAGCCAGUUCUGGGUUGCUGUCCCGCGACACCCUCCAACAAGCAAACUCAAGACCGGCCCUCAGAAACUUCAGGAGUUGCUGCAGCCUCUGUUGAGCUGCCAUGGUCUAACUAAUCGCCGCUGGAGGCCUAGGCACUUGGUGCAGAGAUCUGGGCUUCAUAAUAAUAAUAAAAUUAUUGGGACUCCUUGACUUUUUUUCUUUAAUAUAUUUUUAAAGCCUUUCGUUGGAUAGCCAACUCUGUGCGUGUUUGUGUACUUUUGGUCUCUAUUUCUCAACCAGGAUACAAAAUGGCGCUGCUGGGAUGGGGAAAGUUGGGGUCCUUACUAUUUUCAGAUGGCUUUUGGACCUUAUUCAUCAUUUCCCAAACGUUCCUGGGAUUCGGCUGCUGUGUGGAGCGGCAGCUCUGCGACUCCAACUGUACGUGUAGUGGCGAUCUUCUGGACUGCAGCAACAGAGGGUUAGAAGAGGUUCCUAAGGAAUUGCCUACCUGGGCAGUCUACUUAAACCUGAGCCACAACAAGUUGAUGGAGAUAGAUCCUGCUGAUUUUGCAAAGCUGCCAAAUCUACGGGAAGUACGACUGAAUAACAAUGAACUGACAGCCAUUCCAUCCCUGGGAGCAGCUUCAGCCCACGUAACAUCUCUGUAUCUGAAUCGCAACAAGAUCCAUAGCAUUGAAGCAAGCCAACUGGAGCCCUAUGUCGCCCUGGAAACAUUGGACCUGAGCUCAAAUAACAUCACAGAAAUCCGAAGUGGCUGCUUCCCAGUGGGACUUCCUAUAAAGGAUCUAUACCUCGGGAGCAACAGAAUCAGCAUCCUAGAGACCAAGGCUUUUGAUAGCCUGUCACGAUCCCUGCUAACGCUUCGCCUGAGUAAAAACAGGAUUACCCAACUUCCUGUUAAAGCAUUCACGCUGCCCAAGCUAACGCAACUGGAGCUAAACCGGAAUCGUAUUCGUCUGAUAGAAGGCCUGACAUUUCAAGGGCUGGACAGGUUAGAAAUUCUGAAGCUGCAGCGCAACAACAUAAGCAAGCUGACUGAUGGAGCUUUCUGGGGCCUGGCCAAAAUGCAAGUUCUGAAUCUGGAGCACAAUGUCCUCACAGAGGUGAACAGUGGCUCCCUGUAUGGACUUGGGUCUCUCCAACAAUUUCAUCUCAGUAACAAUUUGAUUUCCCACAUCAGCCCAGUUGGAUGGAGCUUCUGCCAAAAGCUAAAUGAACUGUCAUUGUCCUUUAACAACCUAACCAGGCUGGAUGAAGGGAGCUUAGCAGAUCUGGGAGGCCUACAGAUACUACAGCUGAGCCACAACUCCAUCAGCCACAUUGCAGAAGGAGCAUUCAAGGGACUCAAAAGUUUACGUACUCUGGAUCUGGACCAUAACGAGAUUUCAGGCACAAUAGAAGACACCAGCGGGGCCUUUACAGGCCUGGAAAACUUGAGCAUGCUAACUCUGUUUGGAAACAAGAUCAAGUCUGUGGCCAAGGAGGCGUUCUCAGGCUUGGAGGCCCUGGAACACCUGAACCUUGGAGAUAAUGCAAUACGUUCUGUUCAGGAGGAUGCAUUUGCUAAGCUGAAGAACCUGAAGGAGCUCCGCAUAAACAGUGAGAGCUUUCUGUGUGAUUGUCAGCUCAAAUGGUUGCCGCAAUGGUUAACCAAGAAGGAACUGCAGCCGUUUGUGGAAGCUACCUGUGCCCACCCAGAGUCAUUAAAGGGCAAAAGCAUUUUCGAUGUGGUGGCAGAAAGUUUUGUGUGUGAGGAUUUCCCCAAGCCCAAAAUUAUUGUUGAGCCAGAAACUACAAUGGCUGUUCUCGGUAAGAACAUCCGCUUCACCUGCUCAGCGGUCAGCAGCAGCAGCUCUCCUAUGACUUUUGCCUGGAAGAAAGACAAUGAAAUUCUGCACCAUGCUGAGAUGGAGAACUUUGCCCAUGUUAGGACCAGAGAUGGUGUGGUGUGGUUCACUACCAUCCUGCAUCUGCACCAUGUCACUUUCACCCAUGAGGGAUGCUACCAGUGCAUCAUCACCAAUCAUUUUGGUUCUACCUACUCUCAUAAAGCUCAGCUUACGGUGAAUGUGUUGCCAUCGUUCAUCAAAACUCCCCAUGACAUUGCAGCCCGGACAGGGACAACAGCCCGGCUGGAGUGUGCUGCUGAUGGUCACCCCACCCCACAAAUUGCUUGGCAGAAAGACGGAGGCACUGACUUCCCUGCAGCUCGUGAGCGCCGGAUGCACGUGAUGCCGGAUGAUGAUGUCUUCUUCAUCACGGAUGUGAAAAUAGAGGACAUGGGCAUUUACAGUUGCACUGCUCAGAAUUCUGCUGGUUCUGUGUCAGCAAAUGCUUCACUUACUGUGCUAGAGACUCCGAGCUUGGUUCACCCACUGGAAGAUCGUGUUGUAUCUGUUGGUGAAACUGUAGUUCUACAAUGCAAAGCAACGGGAAGUCCACCUCCACGCAUUACAUGGCUGAAGGGUGACCAGUCUCUGUUAGUCACUGAAAGGCAUCACUUUACUCCAGGCAAACAGCUGCUUAUUGUCCGGAAUGUUGUGAUGGAAGAUGCUGGGAAAUACACAUGUGAAAUAUCCAACACUGUUGGAACUGAACGGGCACACAGCCAAGUGAGCGUGUUGCCCUCACUUGGCUGCCGGAAAGAUGGAACCACUGUUGGGAUCAUCACUAUUGCUGUAGUGUGCAGCAUUGUGUUGACAUCUUUGGUUUGGGUGUGCAUAAUCUAUCAAACCAGAAAGAAGAGUGAAGAAUACAGCGUCACAAACACAGGUGUUUGUCAGACGGAUGCAGGGAGGGAUCCAGAAGUUGAUCCUCACCUUGUUGUUUACCGACAGCCAAAGCUAUGCUUGGGGUACAAUAAGGAGGCUUGGAAAGGAGAAGAUAUAGCUGACAGGAUACUUGUGGCAGAUAAAACAGGCUACAGCUUGCCAGUUGUCUGCACCGAUUGCAGCGGGAGCACGGAUAGCAUGAGUGUCACCAUUUACCCCAAUGAUCCAGAUUAUUAUCCACUGUCUCCAGAGACUGCGCCUCCAAAUGCUUCCAGUAGCAAAGAGUCCAGCAGGCAUGACAGCAUAUCUGCUGCAAACUAUCAAGGUUCUCUAAAGUGCAAUGGGACUGUAAGCAGCAGAAAAUCAGAUGUUGGUGUUACCAUCUACCCCAGUAAUCACGACAGGAUGCCAGCUGCUAGCCCAAGCAAGCCACCAUUGGUGGACAGCAAAGGCUCUUCACAGCCUUUAGCAAAAACCUCUGAGCCUUACGGCUUCCUGCUGCCUUCUGAAGCCUCGUUAAGGCAUCUAAAAGGAACUGCUGAACUAUGUCAGACAUUUCCAGAGAUGGAAGCUAAACAAACGCUUCUCUCCAAUGGACAUUUACCAAGGUCACGUGACUCCCUUCAUGAAUUAAGCCACUGAAAAGAUCACAACGGACCGAGGAAACUGCUAUGUGCAAAUUAAACGGAGCAUACUAUAUAUGUACAGAAUUUCUUCGCACAAAACUAUCUAGGCUACUUCUACCUCAAGUUUUGAACUGACAGCUUCUUAAAUGAAAGAAAAAAGAAAGAGAAAACAAAAUGAGGUAUAAGAAGCAAACUUGUGUUGGGGAACAGCGUCCUAUCAAAGCGGUGCCCAUUUGUACAUAGUUGUAAAAGCUUCCCUGGAAGUAUCUGUAGCUCACACGUUGCAUAUAAAGCACAGAAAUGCAAAAGGUUAUUGUCAAAAGUGAAAAGAAAAAUAUUUGAUAACAAAACUGUAUAUAAGAGUUUUCAUAUAUAUAUAAAUCUAUAUCUAUAUAUAUUAUAUCUUCUAACAGAGGUUAUUUUAUUCCUUGGUGCAUGAUUGAACUGAGUGAAAUUAUACAAUGUUCACAACAUACAUUGUUUUCUUGCUGUAAGGUUGCUGUUAGGUUUAGAUUUUUGUUUUAUUCCCCAAGCGUUCUUGUGCCUUAGGCAAGAGAAAAAGAAAAACAAAAAAGGGCAGACUUAUGCAUUUGUUCUAAUGGAACAGACUUCGUGAAAUUUUCCUUUUUUUAUAGCAAGUAUUGAAUUGGUUUACGAAUUCAAAUAUCUCAUCAGAAAUAUUGCACUUACAGCACAGUCUUAUGUCUACUCAGAAGUGAGUCUUAAUUGGGUUCAGUGGGACUUACUGCCAGGUAAGAGUAUAGGAUUGUAGCCUUAAAGUUUUAAACUGCGAUUUAUUACUUCAGCAUUGCUAAGCAGAGGUGAUACAGAAUGCCCCAGGAACAUCUGAAUUGUACGUUCCUUGAAAAAAAUGGGAGUUUAACAAGAGUGAAGGUACGUUAUUAAACAGUUGUGCUUUGGCACAAUUCCCAUUCAGUGCAAUCAGGCUUGUAGAGAAGGGGGAAGAGGGUUUCAAUUUCUUUUGAAUAGCACUGCUUAAACCUCUUAGCUGCUAUUAUGAAUGCUGGGAUACAUACAUACAUACUCAUACAUAUGCACACAUCCACUUGACUUCAAACAAAUUUUAGAGGCACACAGCCUUGUAUACACAUAGUAUAAAGCAACUUUUUGAGUCAUCUAGCUCAGUAUUCUCUACAGUGACAGAUCGUGGCUCUUCAGAGCUUCAGACGAGGGCCUCUUCCAGUCCUGCCGGAAGAUGCCUGGCAUCUAGGGACUAGGAACCUUCUACAUGCACAGCAGAUGCUCUGUCACUGAGCUACAUCCCUUCCCCAUGCAGGAUUGCAACUUGUAUGUCUAUUUAAAUACUAACUGUUCAUUGCACUAGUGAAACAGUUGCAUCCCAGUGGAACAGCAGUAAAACAAGAAAAAUAAAGAAGAGGAUUUAUUGACUGGCAAACUGUCCUGUACUCUGAAAUGUUGGGAUGGAAACCCCUUACUGUUUUCCUUGUGGCAUUUUACUACAGUCUAUGGAGAUUUUUAAAAGUGUUGCUAAUAUCUAAGUUAUUUUCUUAUGCAGUAAUGUGACACACUGAAUAAUCCCUUCGCACGCAAAGACUCAAUUUUUUUCCUCUGGAUUCUGGCUUUGAAUCUAGAUUCUUAGUUCUUUGUAAUUUUGAAGAAACUUCUCUGUAUUAUGUAAAGUCUUUUGAUUUUAUGCUCCCCAAGAAAAAACAUUCAAAAAGAUGUAACCACACUAGGUUACCGUUUUUAUUUUUAAAUUGAUCCUGCUUUGAGAACUAUCACCUAAAGCACUAUUAAAUAGCAAACACAUAAAAACAAUGUGAACACACAGGUAUACGGUUUUACUUAAAGCUUAAGUAUAGAGAGCAUUUUUUUAUUCAUAGAAGUGCUGCUGUUUCUCCUGAUGGUUGUACCUGUGUAAAGAAAAUGUCAACUCUUCCCACCCACCCCCUUUAGUUGUUGCAGAGCCUGAACUACAAAUAGUUGUUGAACUUAGGUUAAGACUCUGGUGAGGGGCAGAAUGGCAUUUUAUGCUUUUUCUGUUUUAUUUUUGUUAGCAAUGACUUAAAGGCCAGUUUCGCAGGAGCAGCAAAGCUGGGAAAGCAAGAAAAUUUUAUUCACUUCAACAUAAUAGGAUCUUAUGUAAGGAUUCAGGGCCCACUUCAAGACAGCCCGUCGUCAUAGGACAGGUCAUAAAGAGUGGGCUUCAGCUAGCUCUCAAAACUAAUGGGAGUCUUUUGAUAGGCUCUCGUAUCCUCUUGGAUCAGAUUGUUCAAUUCUAAACAAGGCAUUGAGUGUUUUCUUGCACUAGUAUAUUUCAACAGCUCUCCUUAUAUUGGAAAAUACCAUUGAACAAGAACCCUGAGGCCAGAUUAACAUACAGGUUGCUCCUCAACACUGUGUUACGUUAUUUUCUUCUAUUUACUCUUUUACUCCAGCUCCAUAGGAAACAACCAGAUGUUUGUGGCCUGUGGGUAUUUCACUCUAUAGAUUUGUGAGCGUGAUGGGCUUUUCACCAACAGGAAAGGUCUUAAAGCUGUGUAGAGCCUAUAAACAUAUGGCUAUUUUGCGCCUCCGUUACCAUAAUCCCUACUUCCCACUCAGCCUAUCUGGAGGAGAUAUGGGUUUGUAAAGCAAAGACCUCAAACCUAGGGGUGUUGAGAAAUGAUUAAAAAAAAGCCUAAGACAAGUUUUGCCAUCUCCUUUCAGCUAAAGCUGGCCUUUAUGAAGUAAUGCAUAAUUUUGCCAGCUACCUGUCUCUAUCGCUUCCUGAUGGUAGAUUCACUUGCACUUUGUGGUAGGUGGCUAAUUAUGUGUGAAGUGCCAACUUGUAGCUAGUCAGUGAAUUUAAAAGGAAAGGAGUAGCCAAGGGAGAGGAAGUCAGACUGCAUUCCCUCUUGAUCGUAUAGAAAGGGAAUACCUUACGUUUUCUAAGAAAAGGCACACUAGUAAAGGGUAGGUUGAUGGGACAUGGACAGUGAGAGGCAUAAGGAAAAAAGGUAUCAUCAUUGGAAAUGCAAAGCACACUUGCCACAUGGACAUUUUGAAAAAAAAUAUUUUUGGAUACAGUUGUUUAAUAGUGUUACUUCCACUAUAUAUGUGAAUCUGCUGCUUCUGAGAGGCAUUGUGAAAGAGGAAGUAUUACUUUUGUGUACAAAGUUAUUUAUUUAUUAGAAAAUGUUGGUACAAUGUUGUACAUUGAGAAGUACAUUGUAAAAAUAUUGGAAGUGUCUAACAAAUGGCAUUGAAGUGUCUUAAUAAAGGUCCAUUUAUAAUA